GUGCUUAGAAAAAACCUUCAGAGGGGGGCUGUGCUCUCAACAGGGACCUUUUUGAUUUAUGAAGCUCACAGGCUGAUUUCUGGCUUUGCUGAGGUUCAUGCAAGCUUCAAAGUGGAAGAAGUUAUAGAGCAAGCAGACUACCUGUAUGGGAGUGGAGAAACUGAAAAGCUGUAUCGGUUGCUGGCUCAACAUAAAAAUAGUGAUGACGCAGAGUUGUUAUGGCGGCUGGCACGGGCGUCACGAGACCUAGCUCAGCUUAGCAGUACUUCUGCAGAGGAGAAACGACAACUGACAUAUGAAUCCCUUGAGUAUGCAAAAAAGGCACUUGAAAAAAAUGAAUCAAAUUUUGCAGCGCACAAGUGGUAUGCAAUUUGCCUCAGCGAUGUUGGAGAUUUUGAAGGAAUCAAGACUAAGAUUGGAAAUGCCAUUGUUAUCAAAGAGCACUUCCAGAGAGCCAUUGAACUGAAUCCAAAAGAUGCUACAACAAUUCAUCUUAUCGGCAUUUGGUGUUACUCCUUUGCUGAAAUGCCAUGGUACCAAAGAAAAAUAGCUGCAGCGCUAUUUGCCACACCACCAACAUCCACAUUUCAAGAGGCCCUCCGUUACUUCCACAUGGCAGAGGAAGCUGACCCAAAUUUCUACAGCAAAAAUUUGCUCUUUUUGGGAAAGACAUACUUGAAGUUAAACAAUAAAAAGAUGGCUCUUCUGUGGUUAAGCAAAGCGAAGGAAUAUCCUGCACAUACAGAAGAAGACAAACAGGUACAGAAAGAAGCUUUGGAGUUGCUUAAUUCUAUAUAACAAGAAACAGGAUCAUGGGAAUUCAGUGCCUCAGGUCUGAGCAGCAUAGGAAGAAGAGACCAAAUACUACUCUGGAUUAUUGAAGCUGGUAAUAAAUUACAGCCUAAACCUGCCACUGCCAUCAUGUUUCAGUUAAACUCAUCGGGAAGAUCUGUU